CUCUCUCUUUUUUUUAAGACUGGUACUGGUCUGUCAAACACGUGGGGAGGAGAGUGUGACUUUCCACUAGCGUACGUUUCAAAAAGCUCACGUUGUUAGUGUUGCUAUCAUCGUUGCGGUACCGAGGACCCAAAAACAUUGUGUAGCUGCUAGUGUCUUGAGGAAAUGCCACUGAGGUUUCGCUCUGUUGUACCCUAUACACUGCCCGGAGUACUCGCACUGAUUGGAUGGUGGUGGUACAUCUCACGAAAGAGAGAGCGGCUCAUCAACCAUGACAGGACUGAGGGAACUCCAACCACUACGGACCUUAAAACAUCUUCAGCAGAUGGUAGCAAUGGUUUGGUGGAGAAAGACACUGUAUCCCCCACAAAUGACACAGACAGCCCCAUUCACAGACCUCCAAAUGCCAGUAACCAGAGAACACAACAUGAAAACAUUUCACAGAUCCAUUUCCAGCACACUGAAGCAUCACCGUCACUGGCACAAAGUUCUGAAAAGUUUUCAUGUAAUUCUGAGAGAAUGAAACAAGGAGUCCAUAGGCCUCCGCAGUCAGCACUGCCAUCACUUGAUAAAGAUGACAGCUUACAGGUAUCAUCAAAAGACCGUAAAGACCCAGAGAGGAGCUUGUCACUUGCCUUGGGAACAGAGCUUAACCUAGUGAAAGAUCCAGUAUCUGAUCUAGAAAAAGCCACAUUUUCCUAUCAGUCUACCAAAGUCACCAGCUCCUUUCCCACAACAUCGCUGCUUUCUGGUGCAGAGAGACCAGACCCGGAGGGGGAAGUUGCAAAGAACCACAGCACUAAUAAUACACAAGAUGAAAUGAUUGGCUGGGAUGAGCAUGCAUCCAAUGUAGAGAGGGUGGACCCAUCAGAAGCAGACUCUCUGGAUACACCUCCACCAGUGCAGGAUUUUCACCAACACAUUCUGUCCAGCACACCAACUGCCCCAGUCCUGGCCUCUACAUCCCUAAGUAUUGUCCAAAACACAACAGCAGUAACACCAGAGAACAUAUUGGUACAUGGUAGCCCUGGAGAGGAGCAUGAUCUUGAGGAUCUUGCUGCUCGGCUUAUAACUAAGGUCAUCUCAGCUGCCACCCAGGAAGUCCUUAGUGUCACAAGUUGCCAGGUUGUGGACAAAAGUCUGCCUAACUGCAGUAGUGGUGGACUAUACCCAGAGCUCGAGCCAAUCCUAGCAACACAGAAACACCAUCAUCUCUCGACAAGCCCUUCUCAGGUAGGCUGUGAUUGUAGAGAAGCAACAGAAAAAGAAGCGCAAGCAGUGCCUAAUGGGUGCUCCUCAUCUCCAGUAUGGAAAUCUGUUGAUGUCAGUCACAUAAAUCAUCAGAAAAAUGCUGUUCACAGCAGCCACUGGUCAACACAGCUGCCCCAAGAAGCACAAACCUCACCUGUGUUGAACAUUAAACUAAAAGGUGACGAGGCUGCUCCGCUGGCCGAGGACUCGGCCUGCAGCACCUGCCACUCUGAGGAUGGCAUUAGCAGCGAGGAUCUUCAAAGCAGCAUGUUUGACAACCAAAGUGAUGUGAUCCAGCUUACAGACCUCUCCGCAAGAGAAGCGGCACAGGGCCAGGUGCAGGCUGAGAGUUUGACAGAGGGCUUAGUUUUGUCUGCAACUGAAGAAGACUCUUUGGAUGCAGCGUGUGAGAUAAAGGGGCUAAAUGCAGUAGGUGUAAGGAAUGGAGCUCAUGGGACAUGUGAAGUAGAGACGGAUCAAUCUGGAGGCUCUGAUGUAAACAGUAUGGACUCUGUGGAUAGCGGAUGCACUAUGGGUGCCCUAGAGAGUAAGGGCAACCAUGCUGCCUCCUCAAGCACUGAGCUGAUCAUCUGGGAGAUUGAGGUACCAAAGCAUCUUGUAGGGAGGCUUAUUGGAAAGCAAGGUCGAUAUGUGAGUUUCCUAAAGCAGAACUCUGGAGCAAAGAUCUACAUUUCUACCUUGCCUUAUACACAGGAGUUCCAGAUUUGUCACAUAGAAGGGACACAGCAGCAGGUUGACAAAGCCCUGUCGUUGAUUGGGAAGAAAUUUAAAGACCUGGACCUCAACAAUCUAUAUGCUGCACCACCACCUCCACUUACAUUACCAUCUCUUCCCAUGACUUCAUGGCUUCUCCUUCCAAGUGGAGUCACAGUUGAAGUGAUAGUGGUGAACAUCGUGUCAGCUGGUCACGUCUUUGUCCAGCAACACACCCACCCCACGUACCAUGCCUUGCGAAGCCUUGACCAGCAGAUGUUCCUUUGCUACUCACAGCCAGGCACCCCUGCCUUGCCCUCACCUGCUGAAAUUGGUGUGAUCUGUGCAGCUCCUGCAGUUGAAGGAGCCUGGUGGAGAGCUCAGGUCAUCACCUUCUACAAAGAAUCAAAUGAAGUGGAGAUCAGAUACGUUGACUAUGGAGGCUAUGACAGAGUUAAGAUUGACUCACUACGGCAAAUAAGGUCUGACUUUGUGACACUACCAUUUCAAGGUGCUGAAGUAUUACUCGACAACAUUGCACCACUACCAGGAGAGGAUCGUUUUUCAGCUGAGGCCACAUCAGAGCUGGAGGAAAUGACCAGAGGAGUCCCAUUGCUUGCGCAGGUCUCCAGCUAUGAUAACAACACAGGCCUCCCGCUGGUCCACCUGUGGAACAUGGUUGGAGAUGAGGUUAUAUCUGUGAACCGUACACUGGCAGAGAGAGGCCUGGGUGUUUGGGUGGAUGGAUUUUGAACUUGCAUGGUCUCUCAACUUCAUCAAACAGUUCACUUGAUCUAUAAAAAAAACAAAAAUUCCGUCCUCUCAUGCUAUUGCCCCUUCUCCUCUUUCCCCUCCUUUAAAAAGAAAUACAUUGUUUGCAGGUAUCAUGGACAUGAUGAACAAGAACAUAACGCUACUUUAAUAUGAGACAGCCUUCCAUUUUUGUUCUUGUGUUAAAAAAAUACAUACAUACAUAUACACACUGUAACUAAUGGUUCAACCAAUAUUUUAUUUUGUUUCCUACGCCAUCCAUUUUUGCACUGGACUUUUGCACACUGACAGUGGAUCGAGUGUGAAAGGACAGGUACCUGCAUCAGUCUAAUGUAGUCAUCUGUAGGUUAGUGCAUUUCAAAGCUGCCUGGCUUGUUACCUGGAGUGAAAGUGGGGGACACAAAAGCUUACAGCACUGCAAAGUGUAGAGAUGGUCAGACAGUGUUCCCUGUAGGAGCACUGAGCUGAUCUACCCAGUCCUGUGUCUUCAGAGCACGGACUUCUCUCUGGUCUCCUUUAGCAAGGACAGAGGAACUACCUUGUUGCUUUGUUUUUCUCCAUGAAGCUGAUUUGCAAUACCAAAUAAUGAUCAUAAAUGACCUACCAUACAAAAUGAUUGCUCUACAUGUUGGCAGGAUUUUUUUUUUGUGUGUGUGUGUGUGUGUGUGUGUGGGGGGG